UAAAAGUGCCACAAAAAUACGCCAAAACAACAACAAAUCACAUUACACCACACCAUACCGUAAGAAUUACACGCGCAACAAAUUUGCCGACGGCAAAAAUGCAAGCAACGAAGAUGCGCACACCCUUCGCCAUCCAAGAAAUACUCGGCUUGGGUGUAGGCUCGGCUGCGGCGGCAGCGGCUGUCAACUAUCAGCAGCAGGCGCAACAACUUAGCCAGCAGCAACAACAACAACAACAGCAGCAGCAACAAUCGACACUGCAACAUAGUCAGCAGCAGCAGCAGCCACUUCAACUGCAACAGCAACAACAACAACAACAACAGCAACAACAAUCACCUACUCAACAACAACGCGACUCCCGCUCCAUUUCACCCGAUGUGACGCGUCUCUCAGCGGCAGCUGCAGCUGCGGCCGCCACCGCACACUGUCAACUGCCCAUCUUUAAUCCGGCGAACUUUUACGCCGCAGCCGGUUAUGCGGAUCAUGCGGGCCAAUUGAAUGCUGCACAUCAUCAUCAUAUGACAACGUUGGCGGCGGCGGCGUACUUGCGUGGCUUUUUGCCGCCGGGCUUUAGUACGCCACAUGAGUUUCGUGGGCAUUUUCAACAGCAUUUUGGCAGCCAAUUUGCGGAACACGCUGCACGUGGCGCUCAGGACUAUACAAAUAACCUAAACAACAAUAACAACGAUGAUGCACACUCGCCGAAUAAAGCGAAUUCAAGCAAUGGCUCUAACGGCAGCAGCAUUUCACACAAUUUGUCCACAACGAAUGGUAGCAGUCUCCUGCCCAGUAAUGGCAGCGCAACAACCUCCAAUGGUAAUGGUAGUACAAACAACGGCAUUGUCGGCAGUAGCAAUAACAACACCUCACCUUCAACACGUCCUACACUUUCGCCUGCCGAACAUGCCGCCGCCGCUUUGGCUCACCAUGCAGCCGCUGCCGCAGCUGCACAUCAUGCGCAUUCACAACAUGGCGGCCACCAUCAUCCGCAUGCACAUCACUCGCACACCCAUCAUGGCCAUCAUCCGCAUCAUGCCCAUCAUCAUCCACAUGCGCAUCAUCCACACCCCCAUCAUCCACAUGCCGGCGCUACACAUGAGGCAUUUCUUAAUGGCGCUGCUGCUGCGGCGGCGGCGGCAGCUGCCAUCGGAAGUGGUAUGACCGGUGCCGGAAGUGUUGUGGGCGCACCUAAUGGUCUACUCGGACACGGUGGUGAUCCUAGUUUAUUGCUUGGCGCUGCUGGCGGUGGACCGGGUGGUUUGAGUAGUAAAAAGAAGAACAAACGACGUCACGGGCGCACCAUAUUUACGAGCAAUCAAUUGGAAGAGUUGGAAAAAGCUUUCAAGGAGGCACACUAUCCAGAUGUGAGCGCACGUGAGCUACUUUCGAUGAAGACUGGUUUGGCUGAGGAUCGUAUACAGGUCUGGUUCCAGAACCGACGCGCCAAAUGGCGAAAAACGGAGAAGUGCUGGGGACAUAGCACUAAAAUGGCUGAAUAUGGUCUGUACGGCGCCAUGGUGCGUCAUUCCCUGCCACUACCCGAAACCAUACUUAAAUCGGCCAAAGAUGAUGAAUCCGUUGCACCGUGGCUACUAGGCAUGCACAAGAAAUCCCUCGAAGCUGCCGAUAUUUUGAAAUCGGAUGAAAGUGAUCGUGAAACACCCACCUCAGACGACACGAAUACCUCAUACUCAGCCGGGAGUACACACAAUUCGCCGAUCUCCUCAUUCUCCAUAUCGCGACUACUCUUCGAUGCACCAAGCAAACACAAACGACACCACGAUGUGAGUGGUAGCGGUGUUAUGGGUGCUGCUGGUAUGGAACUUGUUGCCAACGGUACUAUGAGCGGUUUGGCUGAGCAAGCACAUGCACAAGCGCAUGCACAUGUUAUGCAACAUCAUCCCUACAAUCAACAACAACACUUGCAACAUGUACAACACCUCCAGCAGUUGCAUCAACAACAAUUGGCCGAACAACAUGCUGAAGUCCAGCGACGUCAACAGGCGGCGCAUCAACAUCAUCAACAACAAUUGUUGGCGGCGGAAGCGGAAAUGCAACGUAGGCGUCAGGAGGCGCACGAACAACGUGAACGUGAACGUGAACGCGUACGCGAACGUGAUACCGAUGCGGAUGAGGAGCCAAUGUGUGAUGAUGACGACGAUGAAUGUGAUAGGGAAGAGAUUGAUAUAUGUGAUGAUGUUGAUGAUGAUAAGGAUAUGAAAAUGUUGCUGAGCGCUGAGAAUGCGGCCAAGCGUAUUAAACAGGAGUCUAGCGCGUCCAUGGCGCUGGAGAGUAGAUGAAAUUUGUGCAUAGAUGUGUUGUUGUAAGGAUGAUAAAAAGUGCUUUUAAUAUUCACUUGCUUUGUUAAAAAUUGGCAAAUUUUCGCUUAAGUGUUUGAUAAAAUGAGUUUCAGUUUCUUAUUAUAGAGUUUCAGGGAAAUUUUUAUACACACAUGCAUAGAAAACUCUUAAAAGCUUAGGCAAAAUAAAAUUUGAAAAAAUUAAUUGACAUUUGCAUAUUCACAUUGGCUAUAUUGAGCAUCAAGCACACGAAAAUAUAUCGAUUAACAAAUAAUCGAUUACAGAGCUGCUUCGGCGCCAUUGAAAUUGAUCAGCUGUUUAAAGCACAAGGCUUACGGAAAUACGUUUGGUGAUUCUCUUAAAAAUACACUCAUUUAUUAUGCAUGUAACUUUUUACAAAUUCAUAUUGUUCGUAUUUUAAUAAUCAAACACCACACACAACGAAUUUUUGUUCACCUAAAUUAAAAGCAAACCGAAGAAUAUCUCACAAUUAAAAUGUUUAGUAAAAAAAUAUAUAUCGAAGACAACUUGCAACGACAUGAUCAAUACGAAACACUUCUGUACAUAAAAUAAAUUCACAAUAUAGUACGAAAACUAAUCCAUUUGGAGCACUGAAUACACUGAAAGAAAUUAUUGUAGUAAAAUAAAAAAAUUCGCUUGAAGAACGAUUGCAAGGAGUAAAAAAAUAUGAGCAACUUACACUUAAAUGCACUUUAUUUGACCUUGAAUUUUUAUGUACUGUACAUACGUAUGUACAUAUCUGUA